AUGGAUGAUGGAUACGCAUCCAUCGCUGAUUCCUUCCGUAACGGCGUAACCACACUGGUGCUUCCUUCCGAGUCAAGCAAGGCAUCAUCGAAGGCCCAUGCUCGAGACAUGCAACAGCUGGCCUUUGUGCUGGACCUUCUGGCACUUCGAUCCAGCAUGGACAUUGAUUUCCCGCGCGGCAUCGCUUGCGCCCUGAACGCCUCGAAGCCCCGGAUCAUCAUGACGCCCAACCAAGCUGUAGCGCACCAAACGCGUGGCGUUGAUUUCGCGAAAAGGACCACAGCUUCUCGUAUCGCGCGUUCACAGGAGACGGUAGAAUGGGAGCAAGCCCGCAAGAAGGACACUUGGUAG